AGUCAUCCUUCAAAAUCUAUUGACUCACCCGUGCAUCUCUUUCACACACACUGAAACGCCGUACAAAUUAAGCAGGGAAAUCCGUGAGAUGACGAGCAAGCAAACUGAUCAGGGCACGGUGACUGGAGACGAUACUGAAACGAGACCUCUGUUAAGAUCAAGGUCUGUUGAGAUAAUAAUUAGACACGGGUUGGCACGGAACUUCUCCUCACCUCUAUGCUUUCGAAGCUCUGUGGAUUUUUCGUCGGACGAGUCGGGGGAACAAGGAAGAAACGCCGACCAUGAGCCAUUUACCUACGGUCCUCUCUUUGCAAUCCUUUUCAUGGGUGUCGUCCAACCUAUGUGUUUCGAGUUGAUCUUCCCCUUUAUCAAUCAAAUGAUCGUAGAGAAUGGUAUCACCAAUGAUCCAGAACGCGUCGGAUUCUAUUCUGGUCUUAUUGAAUCCAUUUUUCAGGUUAUGAGUUUCCUGGCUGUCCUUCCAUGUUCGUACGUCUCGGAUCACCUUGGACGGAAACCCGUCGUGCUCUUCGGAACUGCAGGAAUGGCGCUAUCGAUCUCACUUUUCGGGGUCAGCAAGUCUUAUGUUAUGAUGAUUUUGACUCGAUGUAUUGGGGGUACACUCGGCGGAACCUGGUCGGCACUAAAAGUAAUGAUGGCAGAGAUUUAUACAAACAAAUCCCACCGUGCCACUGCCUUCUCUACAUUUCAAAUUGCAUUCCGGACCGGUCAGAUCGUAGGACAGCCACUCGGAGGUUUGCUGUCGCAUCCGUCUCGCACGAUGCCAGUAUUCGACCGUUCAUUUUGGCGAAACUAUCCCUUCUCGCUCCCUUGUUUCAUUGCGGCGGCAAUUGCAGGUUUGUCAGUGAUCUGGGCUUAUUUUGCUCUUGACGAAACGUUGCCCUCACGAAAAGUCGGGAGAAGUCACAAAGCGAUACCAUCUGACAGUCAGAGUGGUAGUCAGGAAAGUACUAGAGAGACGGCUGAAAAUCAACGGAGUCAAAAUGCUUCAGUAAGAUCUGUGUUGACGCCUCACGUCAUGUCUGUGCUUGCAAGCAUCUUCGUCAUGACGCUCGUAUCCGAGGUUCUCUUCGCCUUGUAUCCUCUUUUCGCCUUUACACCCAUAACCUCUGGAGGACUGGGACUUUCUGAACCGCAAAUAGGUGCACAUAUGGCCACGCGAUCGGCGAUGAACAUUUUCGUUCUUUUCGCCUAUGCUCCGUUCGCAUCCCGCCUCGGUGCGGUCCGAGUCUAUCAGGUCGGAAUGGCCCUAUGGCCCCUUGCAACAGCAAUUCUUCCUCUACUCAACGCACUGGCGAGAUCGGACAACAUGGGUGUUGGAAGCCUUUUGUUUAAUGUCACACUUCUUCUUUUCUUCGCCUUAUGGAGCCUGGGGAACCUCGUCUGGCCAAGCUCGCAGAUUGUUGUCAUUGAAGCAGCAUCAACGCCAGAGGCUCUAGCCAGAGUGAACGGUCUCGCCCAGAUGGUGCAGACAUUUACUAUGGCGAUUGCUCCAGCUACCAUCACAACGCUGUUUGCAUACUCCAUUAAAAACCGUAUUAUCGGUGGAAACUUGACGUACAUAGCAAUGCUGGUUUUGGCUUGUGCAGGCUCUUUUCAUAGUCUUACCCUCCGCGAACCGACUAAGGUGGCUGGUUCGGCUUGAAAGAACAAAGUAUUUGGUCGGUCGGAGUUGAUGUGCAUGUUAUUGAUACUCGAGACGAAUUGUGAAGCAGCAUCCUGUUGUCAUCGACAGAUAAAGC